AUGUCAAGCCGAAGGAAGUUGUCUAACCCCUGCACGGUCCGUACAACUAGUUCAACUGCAGAAGACUCUGUGGAAAUGGAUCUUUCAUCUGAAUCUCUGCUGUACAGAUGUUCACCGGUGCCUCCCCCUGUAGAGAAAAACUGGAAAUCAUUGAAAGGCAAGGAAAAGGGGCAGAUGAGUAAGGGAUCUUCAUCUGAGCAGGGUUCCUUCUACACCCAUAACCUCAACGACUUCAGAGAGCAUGAGGUCUCCCCUCAAUCUGAAUGUCCACUCGAUGCCCUCUACCUGUGUACCACCUGCAAGUUCAGUACCAACUCCUUUGAUACCCUUUCAUGCCAUAAUAAAUUGGAGCACCAAUGUGAGGGCCAUGUCAAGCUUAAGAAGAUCAAACUGGAUAGCCAGACCAUCCUCGAGCAAACCACUGAGGGCGAGAAUGAAUCUGUCCCUUGGAAACCUGGUGACUCUACAUUUCCCUUACGGUUGGAACCCUCGAGCAAUUCAGCAUCUGAAGAUAUUGGAAAGACUUCAGUGGACAACAGCAAAGGUUUAGAGAAAGAACUAGAGAUGGAGAAGGAGCUGGAUGUUCAAGUGUUGAAUGAUGAGAUCAGAGCAGUGAGUGUAAAUGGCACAAUCAUUAUUCCAGAGCCCAUGUCUCAUGUCACGCCUCUGUUGCAGCGGCCACCAAACCUCAGCACGGCUCUGACAAUCGCAGUUCCUUUUCACAACAGCAAGUACAACCCCAUACUGGACAGCAACACCACCCUGAUCACAUCCUUUAACAGAUUCCCAUAUCCUACCCAUGCAGAGCUCUGCUGGCUCACCGCAGCCUCAAAACACCCUGAGGAGCAGAUCAAGGUUUGGUUCACCACCCAGCGUCUGAAGCAGGGCAUCACUUGGUCACCUGAAGAGGUGGAAGAAGCCCGUAAGAAGAUGUUCAAUGGCAGUAUGCUACCUGUUCACCAGACCUGCACUGAUUUGCCUUCUCCUGUUAGUGAAUUAGUUAAACCCAGCCAGCCUUUUGCACAAAGCGGUCAACAACUGCCUGGACAGACCAGGCUUUUGUCAAAUGGCACAGCUAAUGGAUCAACUGCUACUUGUCAACCUGUCACUGCAACAGCAUUCAAUCAAACACCAGUUCUUAAACGCUCUUUAGGAACUCAUCUGUUGUUUUCAGAGGUCAAGUGCCCUUUGGUCACCACAACUGUAGACCCCAAAGAAAGACUAAGCAUGCCUCCUCCACCACCUCCACCACCAGAAAGACUCACCAUAGCUACUUCUGCAGUGCUCACAGAGAGUACCGAAUCUUACUCUGCUAUGAAGAAACCCAUUAUUGCACCUUUUGCCCCACCUAAUGGGAAAUUGCUAAUGGUUCUUCCACUGGGUCCAUCCAAAGAGAAGAAACCUGUGGCACAUCCCUUAAUGUUGCCCAAAGAUAGACUCCCUUUGUCACCGAUAGUUUCCACUAAUCUAAAAAGAUCUAUAGUUCAUAAGCAAAUUGAUAAUCAUAUUUCAAUUUCCUCUUCUGGUCCUAAAAACAAGUCAUCAUACUUGGGUAAUGAUGUAAACAUGCCCUUGCCAACUGCUAUGAUUGUUCCACAAGUGAACAGGCCAACAAUCAUUCGGACUCCAUUUUCCCUGUCGGCUGUUCCACCUCUGUCCUCUGUAGCUACACCAGUUCAUCAGUCAGAACCGUCAGUUGCACCAGUGACCUCAUGCUCCAACAGUCAGAAUGCCAAUGGAACCCCCUGUGGAGAUGCUAAGAAUUGGUUUCUUGAUCAAAACGCCCAGAAUGAUUCCCAACGCUCAAGUGAACUUACUCUUAGGGAGCGUCCGGUUCCCACUCACUUUCCUCUACUGGAGAGAGUGAAGGGCAAAAGUUCUGGACAGAUGAAGCUUCUAGAGGAGAGUUUUCAAAAGAACAGUUUCCCAUCCUUUAAUGAGGUCAAGCACCUCAUGAUCUCCACCAGACUGUCCAGAGAGAAAAUUGAGAGCUGGUUCCUGCAGCGCAGAGUGCUUCGUGAUGAUAUGGAGCAAGCCCUGCUGAAUUCUAUGGGCUCUAAAAGGUGUCCACAGCAGUACCAGCAGGCUCUCCUUAAUGGAGCUUACAAUAAUGCUAGUGCCUUUCCCUUCAGUCCUGUGCCUCUGGACAGCAAGUCCAUGAACCUUCUCAAAAAUGUCUUUGUUCAAAACAGCUGGCCUUCACCUGCAGAGCUCAGACAUUUGGAGAUACAGAAGAGGUUGUCUCACACAGACCUUGUCCAUUGGUUCAAAGAUAGUCACCUGGCCCAGCAAAGCAGUAUCCUCCAGCAGAAGAUGGUGUUCGAAGAGCAAAAUGACACCUCAAAGCAGCCCAGCCAGAACAAUCAACUGCUUAGAGAUGAGACCACCAAACCCAGCAGCCCAGAGAUUGAGGACUGGUUCACCAACAUGCUGGGGCACCGCUGGCAAGACAUGGGCAACAGUGGGGGACUGAUUGGUGAAGGCUGGGAGGAUAAUGCUGUGGCCGUUGGAACCAGAUCACAGCUGGUCUCAGAUACAGAUUAG